AUGAUUUAAUCAAAAAUGAUAGAAAAAGAAGAAGAUCUUUUUUGUUCUUUUAAACAUAAGCUUCCAGUCUUAAUGAUUGCUAUUGAUAAAGAACUUAAGAAGAAUUAAAGACUUUUAUGCUCUCUAUGUAUUGAUAAUUUAGAAUCAAAAUCCCAACCAAUCAGCUUUAAUAAGGCAUUAGAAAAUAUAGAAGAAAAUCAGAGGUAAAAGAAAGAAACUAUUGAGAAUGUGUUAAUUAUUAACAUUUAAUAAAUUGAAGAACUCUUAAAAGCUCUUCAUUAAUUAAAAUCUAAUAUUGUUCAAUAAUUGGAUUAUCUGAUUGGGAAUACAACUGAAUGGAUUAAACAAAUUUAGUUAUGGGGACAAUCAAAUGUUUCAUAUAGUUUUUUUGAUGAAUUAGAAAAACUAAUUAACCAAACCAAAUAUAAUUAAUCCGAUUACAAAUCUAUAUUUGAUCAAAUUAAUUAAAUUAAUUAAUCAUAGGUUCAAAAGAUCUUUAAAAAAUUGAAUUAAUUUAAAUCCUUUUAAGAAACUUAGAUUUGUGAAGAACUAUUAAUAAGUUUACAAAAUGUGAAUAUUAUAAAAGAGAAGGAAGUAUUGACAACCUAAGAAAAAUAAGAAAAUAAACUUAAAAAAUAAAAGAAAGUGAUUUAAGUAUAUAUUUAAUAGAAUUAAUAGGAAAAAUAAUUAAUGAUAGAUACACAAGUUAAACUUAAUUUAAUUGAUGAUUCUAAUUAAUAAAGGGGAUAUUGUAGAGCAAUAGUUUUUGAUAAAACUGGAUCAAUCAUGAUUUCAUGUGAGAAUAGAAUGAUUAAAAUUUGGAAUUUUUCAUUAGGAAGAUUAAAAUUAAUUUAUACAUAUUAAGAACAUAUAAAAGGAG